CCCCUCAGACAGUAUCAUGCCCCCCCCCGGCCAACAGCUGCUACCCACAUAGAGGUCAGACUUCAGAGGUUGCUCCGCCUCUCGUUCUGGGCCAUCGCCACAGAGGAUGCUGGGAAUGUGUCGCGGGCGCAGGAAGUUCCUCGCUGCCUCCCUCGCCCUGCUCUUCAUCCCCGCACUCACCUGGCUGUACCUCUCCGCUGGUAACUUCCAAGUGAAGCCCCUCCCCCUGUCGCCCCUGUUGCCUCAGUUGUCCACGUUGACGGCCAGGGGCGGGGCCUUGGGAGGGGGUGUGUCUAGGGAGGCGUUGGAGCUGAGGGUCCGUGAGGUCGAAGAGGAGAACCAACUUCUCCGGCGUGAACUCAGCCGACCCCCCCGGAGCCCUGCUGGCCCUGCUUCACAUCACACCAAUCACCGCGGCAACCAGAGCAAGACUCACUCGGAGGAGGGAACAGGGGACAACGAGGCGGGGCUUAAAGCUGGCUCCUCGGGCAACAGGUCAGACUGUGUGCAGCAGCCAGCGGUAGACAAGUGUGAGACCAUUCACGUGGCCAUCGUGUGUGCCGGGUACAACGCCAGUCGUGAUGUGGUGACACUCGUCAAGUCAGUCCUUUUUCACAGGUAGGUACACACACACACACACACAGCUGGGCC